CUAGCUGCCACGGCGGUUGCUCACCCCGGCGAGUCUCACGAUGCACACCACAUGAAGCGUGAGAUUGUUGCCCGCGAUCAUGCUGCCAGGGUGGCCGCGAGGUCCCUGAGCUCGUGUUCCAACACGGAAACCGCCCGAGCUCUCAAGCAGCGGUCCAUCAAACGCCGCGCUGAGAAGGUGAAGAAGCUCCGGGACGAGAGGAACAUCAAGACUUCUCCCAAAAAGUACCGCCGCGACCUCGCCGACCUCCAAGCGUGGGAAGAAGUCAACCACAACAUGACCGGCCUGGCGGCGUACGACAUGUUCACCCCCCUCUCAACCGUCUUCGACGCCAACACCUCCUGCAUCCUCUCUCCCAAAGUGACCGACGGGCCGUACUACGUAGUCGGCGAAUUUUUCCGCUCCAACGUAAAAGAGGCCCAAUACUGCGACGGCAUCGAUCUCUUCCUCGAAGUGCAGUACAUCAACGUCGAAACCUGCGAGCCCGUCCCCGCCGUGGCCGUCGACAUCUGGAACUGCAACGCAACAGGCAUUUACUCGGGCAUCAGCACAUCCGGCAACUACGCCGCGGGCGGUUACAACUCGACAUACCUCCGCGGAAUCCAACUGACGGACCAUGAUGGUGUGGCCCAGUUCGAGACCAUCUUCCCGGGCCACUACGAAGGCCGGGCGACACACACGCAUCUGCUUGCGCACACGAACGCGACUGUCUCCAAGAACGGGACUAUCCAAGUCUGGAACGCGCCCGUGGCGCAUAUUGGUCAGCUGUUUUACCCGGAGGAUUUGAGGGCCGAGGUGGAGAAGGUGUACCCGUACAGCAGCAAUACGCAGGCCAUUACCAGCAAUGAUGAGGAUAUGUGGAGCAUUGUUCAGACGGAUGCGAGCUACGAUCCGUUUCCGGAGUUUGUUUAUUUGGGUGAGGAUGUGACGCAGGGGUUGUUUGCGUGGAUUCAGAUUGGGAUUAAUGUCAGUGCGGAUUACUCGGCGGAUGAGUAUUACAGUGUGGCGGCGUAUCUCGAUGCGGAUGGGGGGCAUGCUGUGCAGGGGGGGAUCAAUGGUGGUGGUGGUGGUGCGCCUGGGGGUAAUGGCACCAUGCCGGGAUUUAAUGGUACGAUGCCCACGGAUGGAGGGGCGCCG